AAUAUUAAUCUCAUGCUUGUCUUUGCUUUUAUUAUGACAUUUUAAACUACAUGUUUCAACAUCAAAAUUUGGAAUAUCCAUAAUUCACACAAAAGAGUAAAAGGAGCUUCUCUGCAUUUCCCAAAAGUUUGAGUCACUGUGAAAUUACGAAUACCUACGGUACAUAUAUAAAUGCACCACACAACUCCACUUUUGUGUUUCCUUUUACUUGUAUAUGUGUAUCACUCUAUAUGUGAGGUGAUCUUUUGCCUCUGCAGCCCUGAAUGUAACUGUAAAGUCCCCUCACGUUUAUUUAUUGUUUUUAAAUUGCACUUUGGUCACUGUUGGGGACUGAGGGAGUGGGGACAAAGUUCACAGGGCGCCUGUAAGGAGGAGGGGGUAAAGAGGAGGAAGGUUAAAAAAAAAAGAAAACUGACCUUUGAAAGCAAAACAGCAGGUGGAGAGCUAAAACCAGGCAGCUCAGUACACACUGAGAGGAAAUUCAACACAGGGAAAAUGAAAGUAUAUGUUCUUUAAGCUGAAGAGGGACUACAAAUAUUAUGAAGCCCAACGCUGCCUGUCUUGCUCUCAUCUGAGUGUGGCGGUGCACACGAGCGUUUGUUUGCAAGGCAGCAGUGACAUAAGGCAUCAGCGUAAUGGAAGACAGGAUAGAGGAGAGGGCCGGGGCAGCCAUGGCGAGGCCGAGCCGUUUGACCGCCCUUCAGGAGCAGCUGAUCUGGGCCCUGCUGGGAUCUGGACUGUCCCGGGAUGUCCUGGUCCAAGCCGUAGGGGAGCUGGAGCGAGACAGGGCGAGUGCUGGUGCCGAGAGAGGAGAGAGGGGGGACGGAGAGAGCUCUGAGGAAGGAGAGAUGGAUUUCCCACCACCUAUAUUCCGAGAGCUGGAGAAGCUUUCGCCAGAAGAGGCAGCUAAAUUGAGGAAUGAAGUUGACCGCCUACUGCAGGAGGAUCCCUGGCAUGUUGCUAAAAUGGUUAAAAGCUACAUGCAGCAGCACAACCUCCCUCAGAGAGAGGUGGUAGAGUCCACAGGACUCAACCAGUCCCAUCUCUCCCAGCACCUCAACAAAGGCACGCCUAUGAAGAACCAGAAGAGGGCCUCUCUGUACACCUGGUACGUGAAGAAGCAAUGCGAGAUCAGCCAGCAAUUUACCAACGCCAAACAUGGCCUUCCGUCUGUGGAGGAGCAAGGAGAGGAGACCAAGAGAGGACGGAGGAACAGGUUCAAAUGGGGUCCAGCAUCCCUGCAGAUCCUCUUCCACGCCUAUGAACGGCAGAAGAACCCCAGCAAGGAGGAGAGGGAGGGCUUGGUGGAGGACUGUAACAGGGCAGAGUGUCAUCAGAGGGGGGUGUCGCCCUCCCAGCUUGCUGGCCUGGGCUCAAACCUAGUAACUGAGGUCCGCGUGUACAACUGGUUCGCCAACCGCCGCAAAGAGGAGGCCUUCCGUCACAAACUGGCUCUGGACACACCUUUUACCAGCCAAUCUGCCUCCUCUUCUCACCCCAACCUCCCACCAAGUCCUGAACAUGUGUUGUGGGGCCUGACUUUUCCAGGUGUGAAAUACAGCCAGCAAAUCUUGUGUGACACUGUUAGCUCAGCCAGAGGCAGCGGAGGGGACAGAGUGGGACGAUUGGUGGUCAGCCCUAUUCAACUGGAGCCCAGCCACACACUCCUCGAGACACAGAACCCCAAGCUGGUGUCUAGCGGUGGACCACUGCCCCCAGUAAGCACUCUGACCUCCCUGCACAGUCUGUCUGCCUCCCCUGCCUCCUCACAGGGCCUCAUCAUGGCCUCACUGCCUAGCGUCAUGAGCCUGGGGGAGUCCUCACUUCUCAUUGGUUUAACCUCCACACAGCCUCAGACCGUGCCUGUUAUCAACAAUGUGGGGGGCGGUUUCACCACUCUCCAGCCAAUCUCAUUCCAGCAGCAGCUUCAUGCCUCUUCCCAGCAGCCAAUAUCACACCAGCUCCAGAGUCACAUGAGCGCCAGUCCCUUCAUGGCAACCAUGGCGCAGCUGCCAUGUCACAUGUACAACAAAUCAGAUUCACCCCAGUACCACUCGUCCAGUCUGCUGUCUCAAGCCAUGGUCAUUGCUGACGGCAGCAGCCUGGGGACGCUGACCAGCCUCACUGCUGUCAGACAGAUUCUAACAGCAGAUCCCGAGGAACAGACGGACCCACCUUUACAAGAAGACUCUCUACACCUGCAGCCACACACACCUGUGCCAGCUUCCUCCGAGAGCCUCGAGCUGUAUCCGGCCUCUCAGACAACAGACAGUCACCAGUCUCACCUCCUCUCACCCUCACCAACAGACAUCAGCUCCUACAUCCCUACACAAAUGGUGUCUACUGCGCAGUAGAAGCGCUCUGGCAACAUAGUGUCUCCUUGCUAUCAGCUGGUCUCAGGAGCAUGAUGGUGUUUUGGAUGGACAGCUACCUCUG